ACACCAACUCUCCAGAAGCACUGCUUGAGUGUUUCUCUCAGUGUGGCACGCACAGGAUGCAUGACGUUCUCCUGUGGCAUGAAAACAGCCUUUAGGCGUAGACAUGCAGCUCUGGUGGGUAGCAGUUGUCCUGAACACCGGCAGGUCUGAGACAUAUGGCUGGUGUAUUUAAGGCAUCAUCUACAUUCUACAGUCCUCUCCACUCAGACCCAAUAAUUUCUUUUUAAUGAUGGUCGACAGGCACAAUUUGUAUAAGAGGAAGACAGAGGAGGAAGAUGAAGGAAAAGAGGAGGGGACGUGAGGUGGAGAGAGUGGAAGGUAGAGCGAGGGAGGGAAGGAGAGGGGAAGAGCAAGCAAUAACUGUGGAGUCAGUGACAUUAAGUAAGUUGCUCUGCUGCUUAACAAGGUGAGGACUAGAGUCACCAACUCAUCCCGGUUUCCCCAAACUGCCCCAGUUAUAGCACCGAAAGUCCCACAUCCUGGAAAAGCCCUCAUUUCUGGGUGAAUCAGGACUGCUGGUCACUCAGGAAGUCUGGUGAUUGAUGCUUGCCUCCUCUUGGCGUACUGCGGCUGUUUCUAUCCACCUGCUUGCUUCUGCCUUGACAUACGGAAGAGAUGAAGUCAGAUAUCCUCCACCCAGGUGUCUCUGACUGAACCGGGAUACACAGGUGGGGUAGCGUGCUACGAGAGGCAGAUGCCUGUGCGAGUCUGGAAUCAGGCUUUGUGGGGAAACCGACGUGGGCUCACACAUGAUUUCAGUUCAUCACUAUGAACGUAGCCACAUCAUGCCCCUCACCUCAGGGAUAGUCCCAAUCUACAGGCAACCUAAGGACCAGCGCUGGGGAAGGACCACUAACCUGACUCGCCAACCACUUCCCAGCCAGUGGGAAUUACAUCACAUGAUGAAAUUAUUGAAGCAAGACUGAUGCUGCUGAUGUGACCACCUUGAGUUCUUCAGAAGAUGUUAAUAUGAGUUAUCGCCAAUUAAGAUACACAUUGAACACUUAUUUUCUAAAGAUUCAUGACAUUAGGAAAACAACUUCCCCUUUUGCAAUUCCCAAGUUAUUGGGAAAACAACAGAAACAACAACAAGGAAGUCACGCCCAUUGGUCCAAAUUUGGGGAUCCAGCGCAUAAAAGCCCCACAACAGGAGGACACAACAGAAUCUGAGAAACUCACUUCUGAACAGAAGCCCCCCCUCCACCUGUGACACCAUGACCGACUCGUGCUGCUCCCCUUGCUGCCAGCCUACGUGCUGCAGGACCACUUGCUGCAGGACCACCUGCUGCCAGCCCAGCUGCUGCGGGUGCAGUGGUGGCUGUGGACAAGGCGGCUGCGGGUCCAGCUGCUGCGGGUCCAGCUGCUGCCAGCCUUGCUGCUGCCGCCCAACUUGCUGUCAGACCACCUGCUGCAGGACCACCUGCUGCCGGCCCAGCUGCUGUGUGUCCAGCUGCUGCCAGCCCAGCUGCUGUGGGUCCAGUGGCUGUGGACAAACUUGCUGUGGGUCCAGCUGCUGUCAGCCAGCCUGCUGUACCCCUGUGUACUGCAGGAGAACGUGCUACCAGCCCACCUGCUGCUGCGUGCCUGGAUGCCUAGCCCAGGGCUGUGGAUCCAGCUGCUGCUAGCCCGGUUGCCAGCCAAACUGCUGCCGCACCACCUGCUGCAGGACCACCUGCUGCCACCCCUGCCGUGUGUCCAGCUGCUGCCAGCCUUCCGACUGCCAGUUGCCUCACCAGGAACCACCACCUGCACAUUGCACUGAUUUGCCCUUUGGGAAACAAAGACACUGCCAAAUGUUGCUGAAAGCCAGCAUGCAAUCGCCAGCAUUUCUGUUACUCAUCUGCCUGUUCAGAAGCUUGUGAAUCAGCUUGAUGAAGUGUGGGCCACUUCUCCUGAUUCUCUUCUUCCUUAGGUCUUGUGAGCCCCUGCCAGCUUCGUGCAUCCAGAUAUGGAGUCAAGAUCUCUGCUUGGACUCCAUAGUCAAGAUCUUCAUCCUGUCUGACUCCCUUUGAGAAAUAAAUCCUCCUACUUGACAUAUAUUUUUUUGCAACUAUUUAUGUCUGCACAAGUAUGUUUCCUUUUGCAGCGUACUCGUGGUUCUUGUACGCUGAUUUCUUCCUGUCAUGAUCCUUUUGAAUGUCUCCCUAGACACAGGGAAUCUCACAUGAAUUUCUUAAUAAACCCUGUACCGAUUCGCACACCAUAUGGUGCUCAGGUC